AGUUAUGAAAGUAUGUUCAAUGUGCUCUGAAUCAGUUACGCCGGAGACAUCGUCAAGAGAUGACUUUAUUUUUCACGUUUCUUUUGCCGCUGCUGAUCAGCUUUGCGAUCGGACAACAAUAUGGUUACCAGAACCAACAUAACAACUAUCCAAGUCUGGAUAGUUCGGAGAAAUUUCCUUGGGUGGUGGCCGUGCUCAACACAGACGAUUUGUUUACUCGGUACAUCGGAUCGGGAUCUCUGAUUAAGCCCAAUGUGGUUCUCACUGCCGUUCAUAUCCUAAACGAUAUAUCAGAAAAUGAACUGGUGGUGCGCGCUGGCGAAAAUGAUAUUUCAACCACGCAGGAUCAGCAGCAUGUGGAUCUUAAGGUCUUGAGGAUAGUUGCACACGAACAGUUCAACAAGUACAAUGCAGAAAACAAUGUGGCCUUGCUAAUUUUGAAGUCAGGCUUUACGAUGACAAGAAACAUCCAAACAAUUGCCUUGUACAUGGGUGGAGGACGAGUCCAACGGAACUCAUGCUUCUUUAACGGAUGGGGCAAGGAGGAGUGGAACUCGAAGGAUUAUCCGUCCACCCUUAAAAAUACCAAAAUAGAAAUAAUCGAAAAUGAUAUCUGCCAGCGAAUAUUAGGCUGGCCUCUAUCCACUCGACAAUUUUGUGCCAAGGGUUUACAGGGAAAGGAUUGCAGUGGCGACGGUGGAGCUCCCGUGGUUUGUAAAACAGGUGAAAACCCCUACACCCUCGCACAGGUGGGCGUGGUCAACUGGGGAUCUCGCAAGCCCAGUGAUAAUAAACCCACCAUCUAUACAAAUGUCUACAGUCUGCGAGGCUGGAUUGAAUACCAACUUAGAUUACCAGCUAACUUCGUUCCCGAUCUGAUUGUAGAAGCGGUGUAGGUUCAGUUAAAAUCUUUGAUUUUAAUGAGAAUCAAAAAAUGUUCUGUAUAAGAAAAUAUUAUAAAUAUUUCUUCAAUACAGUAUCUUAUGUCACAAUCACACAAAGAA